AUGAAGUUCUCCCUCCUCACCGUCCUCGCCAUGGGCACCGCAUUUCACCAGGCCCUUGCCUCGCCCGUUAUGUCCGAUUCGGCACCGGCCAAACGACAAGACCUUGUCACCCCGUUCGUGAUCGAAUGCUCACCGGGGACUGUCCCUGGUGGUGGGGACCCCAACGUCUUCUGCUCACGCAAUGGGAUCUCCUGCACUCUGGAUGGAGAGCUGGAAUGGACACCUACUACGACGGAUCAAGCCCCUGAGCAAGUCUGCUUCGAGAUCUGCUAUUGCCGCGUCAACCUCAUUCUCGACCCCCCUGCCGGUGGUAUUUAGGGGCUGAUUAGAGGAAUAUGGCGCUUUGAAGCUGCUGUGGUGCUGAGGGGGUGGUGGUUUUGAUGAAGGAGAGGUUGAUGUGGGAAUAAUAAGGAUGUUUCUGCUUUGAUGGUGUGUAAUAGUGGCUUGCGUUUGUUGCGGUAUUUGAAGCCUAAUCGGUUGAUUUGGUGGCUUCUCUCAUCAGCUUAGUAGCUUAGAAAUCUAUGUGCGUUUUG